UCACAGACGCGUUAGCCGAUGUUGUCGUCGUUAUGUUCCAAUUUUGUAUUGUGGCAUUCAUAUAUGUAAAGUUGUUUGCUUCAUCUGCAUGCUGAGUUUGAAGCUAGUUAGUUGGUGGACUAACGGUAACGUUAGAUUGUUUGUCGUAGCUGAACUCUCUUCGUUAGAAGGCCAGUCCGAACUGAAAAUGCUGCCUUACUGUACAACCAGUAAAAGGAAGCGUUGUUCUGUCAGCUCUGAGAGCAGCCCAGCAAAGAAGCAUGCUCUGAACGGAGGUUCUCCCCUCAGACGGAAGUCUCCCAGGCUGCCACAGUCUCCCCUGGGAAAUAAGGGGCAUGUUCGCAGGGAGAAAGAGAAUUUCCCAUCACCCCAGAAAUCUGCUUCACCCAGACGCCAAAGGAGCUCCCCUGCCUGUUCUCCCCUGGCCCCUAGGGAGCUGUGCCUGCCGUCCCCACUGAAAGGCUCUCCCAAGAGAGCUUCCCCAUUCAAGACCUCCGUAGGAACUGGGUGCUUCUACAGCAAGAGGAAAGCACUCUAUCUGACGCCCCUGGAGAGAAAGCUACUAAAUGAUAGCAAACCCCUCGGCAGCAAAUCCAGCACAAGCCUGUUCAGUCCCCCCAAGUCUGCAGGGAGGCUGAAAUCUGGGAAAGGCAAAAGGGCCAAACGGGUUGCCUCUUCUCCAACUCUGACGACAAGCCCGAAGGGGACCGUCGCCUUUAAAAAAAGUGCAGGAAUUGAAGGUGGAAAUGGCGGCCAGCAGAGAGAGCCGUACAAAUUUCCCUCUGUGACAUUCAGCAGCAUGAAAGCCAAGCCGAAGCCAAAGCUGUUUGUGGGAGCUGCUUUCUUCAGCACUGGGAAAAGGGCUAACACGAUGUACAAAAAAUCCAUUCAGAAAUCCACUAAGCUCAAGCCAGUCGCUAAGGUGGAGAAAAACCGAGUCCAGGUUCCGGCAAAGGAGAAAAUUUGUGAGCCCAAGAAGACGGCACCGUCUCCUUUGCGAAAUGCCGUUUUUGUGAAGAAGCCGGUUGAGGUUCCUCAGCCGCAAGCUGAACAUGCAGACAUUGAGGAGUCCACGUCCGUUGGCUGUGUCCAGGAGAAGCAGGUUCAGAGUGAACAAAGAGCCCCAGAGGCCCUGUCACCUUCUGCCCUGUCAAAGAAGUACGGGCUGGUCAAGGAAGUGAAGAUUAUUCUGAGGAGGUCUGAUACCCCCUCUAGUCCCGAGUCCUCUGCAACAGACGCAAGCUUCCAGGACUUCAGUACACAGGAAUCGGACACAGUGUUUGAGAUCAGUGACAUCCAUUUAUCAGCUGUAAAGUGCAGUCCAGAAGAAUCUCCCUCUGUGUACCCCAUCUUUGGUGCCAAGAAGCACCUGAAGAAACGGAGUCUGGCUUCCCCAAUGAAGUGCAGCACCCCUUCCACACUAACCGUCUCAGCAACAAGAAGCCUCCGGAAAAAGGAGCAGGAGAAGCUGGCGCCCGACCAGCUAAUCAUCGAUGCUGGCCAGAAGCAGUUUGGUGCCACCACGUGCUCAUCCUGUGGCAUGGUCUAUAGUGCCGACAGUCUUGAAGACAACUUUCAGCACACACAGUUCCACCAGCGCUUCCUGGACAGUAUCAAGUUUGUGGGUUGGAAGAAAGAGCGAGUGGUAGCUGAAUUUUGGGAUGGAAAAAUCAUAAUGGUUCUCCCCGAAGAUCCAAAAUAUGCCAUUAAAAAGGCUGAAGAAGUCCGGAAACUUGCAGACAACGAACUAGGAUUUCAGCAGGUCUCUCUCAGUUGUCCCAGCAAGGCUAAAACGUACCUGUUUGUGAACUCUGACAAGAUGGUUGUCGGCUGCCUGAUCACCGAACACAUCAGACAGGCCUACAGGGUACUGGAGCAACCAGAACGUACCAAGGACAUGACCAAAGAGGACUUCAUGGACCACCACAGGGCCUGGUGCUGCUCCACCUCUCCAGAGACGGCCAUUUGCGGCAUUAGCCGGAUCUGGGUGUUCAGUCUGAUGAGGAGAAAGGGCAUCGCCACACGCUUGUUGGACACUGCAAGAAACACCUUCAUGUAUGGAAGCCAUCUGACCAAGAAGGAAAUCGCCUUCUCUGAUCCCACACCAGACGGGAAACUCUUUGCCACAAAAUAUUGUGAAACGCCUGCGUUUUUGGUUUAUAACUUCAUUGGCUAAUUGCUAUAUCAAAAAAGUUGCAAGAGCAUUUUGGAAGCAAUCUGAUUUAUAUUUGCAUCUGUAUAUUAGUUCAGAUAGGAUUUAUAGCCUUCAAUGAUGUUAGCUUGUAAUUUAAAGUACAGGUUUGGUAUAGCUAAUAUGAAGACUGAUUCCUUUCUUUCCAUUCUUAAAACAGUUUAUGCCUAUUGUUUUAUAUGCAGCAUUUUACAAAUGUAAAUAGUUGAAAUAAAAGUUUUAUCCCAAAAAUUUACUGCACAA